AUGCCUGAGCCGACCUGCGUGAGGGAUGUCCAAAGACUUUCUGGAAAGGUAGUAGCGCUCAAUCGCUUUAUGUCAAGGUCGGCUGAAAGAUGCUUGCCGUUUUUUAAGAAGUUGAGAAAAGUUUCGAACUUUGAAUGGACAGAGGACUGUCGAAAAGCCUUCGAAGAACUCAAACGCUAUCUUAGCUCGCCACAUGUGCUCAGUAGCCCACUGGAAUGGGAAGAGCUCUUGAUCUACUUAUCAGCCUCAGAGCAAGCUGUUAGUGCCGUACUGGUGAGAGUGGAAGGAGGAGAACAAAAACUAGUUUUCUAUGUCAGCAAAGUGCUGAAAGAUGCCAAAGUAAGAUACCUAAACAUUGAGAAAAUAGCGUACGCUUUGUUGUUGGCGGUCAGAAAAUUUAGAGUUUAUCUAGAAAGCCAUCAAGGAGUAGUGAUGACAGACCAGCCGCUAAAGAAGAUUCUCCACAGACCGGAAACCUCAGGUCGGAUGCUUGCUUGGUCCAUCGAGAUCAGCCCGUAUUAUUUGGAAUACCGACCUCGCACUGCUAUAAAGUCUCAAGCCCUCGCUGACUUCAUAGCAGAGUGUUCUUUCAGUGAGAAACAAGUAGAAUUGGGUGUAACACCCUCAGAAACAGUGCAAGGCGAGAGAGAGAGGCAGCCCCCACGAGAUUUCGGCUGGAAGUUGUAUAUGGAUGGAGCAUCCGGUGCUAGGGGCAGCGGUGCAGGAAUAAUGCUGAAGGGACCUGAAGGGUUCAAAGUUUGUUACGCCUUACGCCUAGAGUUCAGUGCCUCCAAUAAUGUAGCGAAAUAUGAGGCCCUAAUAAACGGGAUGCUGGUAGCAAUGGAGGUAGGAGAAACCGAUCUCGAGGUGAAUAGCGAUUCCCAAUUAGUGGUCAACCAGAUAACAGGGGCAUAUCAGGCCAGAGACCCUACUAUGCUGAAUUACCUGGCGAAGGUAAAGGACAUAGAAGCCGAGCUCAAGAGUCAAGGGAUCAUGGUCAAAUACCAGCGAAUACCUCGGGAAGAGAAUGAAGAAGCGGACUUGCUUAGCCGAUUGUCUAGGGAAGAGCUGGAGCAGCUCCCAGAUGAGGUGUACAUACAGCAUGUUAACAUUCCCACCUUCGAUAAAGCAAACAUCGUGAUGGAAGUUGAGGAGGGGCAGAACUGGAUGAUCCCGUACCUCGAAUAUUUGGAAAGAGGAAAACUUCCCGAGGAUAAAGCCAAGGCAAAGAAGAUUGAGGCCCGGGCAGCAAACUACCAAGCAGAGGCUGAAGAGUUUGUCCGAAGAUGCGAUGUAUGCCAGAGAUUUGCCAACUCCAUUAACGUGCCAGCCACACCUCAAUCCAGCAUAUCCAGCCCAUGGUCAUUCUCUCAGUGGGGCAUAGAUAUCCUGGGACCUUUUCCCAAGACCACUGGGCAGAAGAAGUUUGUGAUAGUGGCUGUGGAAUACUUUUCGAAGUGGCCAGAAGCAGAGACAGUCCCUACUAUCACAGCAAGAAAAAUGAUAGACUUUGUCUGGGAUAGCAUCAUCUGUAGGUUUGGAAUACCGAGGGUACUCAUCUCAGACAAUGGCAGGCAAUUUGACUGCAGCGCCUUCAGAGAAUUUACAAGAAAUAUGGGCAUAUGGCAUAAAUUCUCCUCGGUGGCCCAUCCCCAAACCAACGGCCAAACAGAGAUCACCAACAGAGCUAUUCUCCAAGGGCUGAAAAAGCGAUUGGACGGAGCAAAGGGAAAUUGGGCAGAUGAGCUCAACAGUAUUUUAUGGGCAUUCAGAACUGCGCCCAGGGCGUCAACCAAAGAGACACCUUUCGCGCUUGCAUUUGGCACUGAGGCCGUAGUUCCAAUCGAGCUACAAGUCCCUAUACAUCGAGUCCAGUCCAAUGACGAGAACGCCAAUAGUGAUAAACUGAGAAGUAACCUGGAUGCCUUAGAAGAAGUCAGAGAGGAAGCUCAAGUCCGUACAACUGCUUAUCAACAAAGAGCGGCUCGUUACUACAAUCAAAGGGUCAGAGAAAGAAGCCUGAAGGUAGAAGAUCUGGCCCUGAGAAAUCUGGAAGCUACUGGAAAGAGAGCGGCAGUAGAAAAGCUGGCGCCGACCUGA